ACAAAACAACAACAAAAAAAAAUCAUCAAAAAAAUAUGUAUAAAUAUAGCAAUAAGGUUUCGACAAAAAAGAAUUACAAGUAGUUUUCUUAUCGCCAUUAAAUGUUUUUUGUACACACAAUUAUUUAGAAUUUACUUUAUAGAAAACACGUACACUUCCGACCGUUUGAAUGUAUUCAUCGAUCAUGGUCUCUGAGAGUCGGAGGUACUAAGUAUGUAGAUUCUCAGACGCAGUUAAAAUUACUUCUCUUCUACGUCGCAUUUAUAUUUUCUGAUAAUCUUAAGUAGGGCUUACAUAUCUUGGAUACAUAAGUUAUGUUUGUAUGGUAUAGUAGAAUGUUACUUAAAAUCUGUACUAUUUUUUUUAGUUUCUCACACUACCAAAGAGUUUUAAUCUAAACUCUUUCAUACAUACGCGCACUUCCUAUCACAAGUAUCGCCUCUCUAUGCGAUUUUCAUAAAGUCAAAGAAAACAGGUCAAAAUGCCGGAGCAGAGCGCAGAUCAGGAAUCUCAGCCGCAGGCGCCGCAGGAAUCAAAAGCACCCGUCUAUGAUGCCAGCAUAUUGCCGGAUAUGCUGCCUGUCUACUACAGACGCCUCUUUCCACACGAGCCCUUCUAUCGUUGGCUAAACUAUGGACACUCGGAGGACAAUAUAUUUGUCAAUCGGGAGAUUUCAUUUACUUUGCAAGAUGAUAUCUACAUACGCUACUUGUGCUUUGAGACCCAAGCAGAGCUGGAGAAAGAGAUCUGUUCGCGUAAUCCCUAUAAAAUCGAUAUUGGACCCGUGAUGAACACCAGACCGAAGAACUUUCGCACUGUGGCUGGUGGAUUGGCGCCCGUGCAGCGUGAAUUGGUCUUUGAUAUCGAUGCUACGGACUACGAUGAUAUACGCAACUGUUGCUCCGGUGCGGAGAUUUGCCUCAAGUGCUGGAAAUUUAUGAUGUUAGCGGCACGCGUUCUUGAUGCUGCCCUACGCGAGGAUUUCGGCUUCGAGCACAUGCUCUGGAUAUUCUCCGGCCGUCGUGGCAUACAUUGCUGGGUGUGCGAUCACACGGCGCGUCAUCUGGACGCCCGAGCACGUGCAGCUGUCGCCGAGUACCUGAACAUACUCACCUACACGAAUAAUGCGGCACGCGUUCAGAUGGGCGAUCGUACGCAUCAUAGCUUGCGGCGUGCCUUAAAGAUUUUGGAGCCCAUGUUUGAGGAGAUUGUGCUGGAGGAUCAGAAUCUGUUUGGCACGCCCAAGGGCGUUAAUAGGCUGCUGCAAAUGGUGAGCGAUGAGGCGGCACGCAACGAUUUGGAGUCGUAUCUGCAGAAGCAGCACGAGGAUGGCGCCCACUCGAAGCUCGUCUGGGACAGCUUUGUGCGCUAUGCGAACUCGAUGCGCACCAGCGCAGCCAAUGUCUGGAGUCGCAAACUGAAGCAUAUUGUGCAGGAGGUGCAGCUGUGCCUGCUCUACCCCCGGCUGGAUAUCAAUGUAACCAAGGGCUUCAAUCACUUGCUGAAGGCGCCCUUCUGCAUACAUCCGGCUACGGGCAAGGUGUGCAUACCCUUCAGUGUCAGCGCCGUGGCCAAGUUUGAUCCGACAACGGUGCCCACCAUCUCACAGCUGCUGCAGGAGAUUAACGCAUACGAUGACAAGACGAAAAGCUAUAUGGAGGCGCCUGAGGACAAGAGUCGCAUCAAGGAUUACAAAAAGACCAGCAUGUUCAAGGGUGUAGUCGUAUUUGAGGAGUUUCUGCGUAAACUGGAGCGUAAUUUUAAGACCAAAUCGAUGGAUUUUUAAGGCAGCAU